AUGCGCCUGCUCCACCCCACCCUCCUGCCCAUAUUCUUCCCCACGUUCUUGCCCGUCCUCCUGCCCUCCCUCCUGCCCGUCGUCCCACACCACUGCCACAAGUCCUCGUCCCCCUCCAUUCUCAACAGCCCCUAUAACUUUGAAAAGAAAAGUGUGUGUGUGUGUGUGUGUGUGUGUGUGUGUGUGUGUGUGUGUGUGUGUGUGUGUGUGUGUGUGUGUGUGUGUGUGUGUGGGCGAGCUCAGAACGUGCUCCAGUGUUGGCGAGUGUGGAGAACACACACGAACACACACACACGCGCUCUCUCACAGGGGAGAGGUGACAUGGGGUAUCGAGAUUUCAGGGCUGGGGUCAAAGGGGUGGACUGGACUGUCUGA